AUGAAGCCUCUUGCUGAGGGCACCCUGGAUCUCUCCACCAACUUCCUCUCGGGCCCUCUACCUCAAGGGGCAUGCCAGCCUUUCUCUUUCGAUGCCAACUGCUUUGCGCAGCCCCUUGGCUGUGGGUUGGUGCUGCAACGGCAGGAAGCAGCAUGCAAUGCGUUCUGUGGCGUCUCCUCUGCUGCUGCUGCUGCUGCAGCUGCUGCUGCGUGUGGAGUACAUGGGAACAUAAAUUACUCAAGUAGCCAGUCGAUUCUCCCGCCAGCAUUUGUGCUCACCAAAGGGACACAGCGGGAGACAAGGGGGAUCUUCACCGCAGCGCCGGUGACGCUGUUUGUGUACGAGGCAGGGCAGGCGGCGUUGGGGUGUGGGCUGGAGCUCGCCUUCCACGCCAACUUCACCUUCUCCCUCUCGCCUCAAUCCGGCCGCGUGGGCUUCAACGGCUUUGCCUUUGUCGUCUCGGCGACGGACCGGGUAGGGAGCGGCUCCGGUGUGGGGUAUGGUGGAAUGGACAGGCGGAGUGUUGCGGUGGAGUUUGAUACUCUGCAGAACAAGGACCAUGGGGACAUGAGCAGCCAGCAUGUGGGACUCAACGUUCAAGGCAAGGACAAAUCGGUAGCUGCUGUGAAAUCGCCCUUCCCUCUGAGCAGCAGGAAGGCGUACACGGCAUGGGUGGACUAUGAGCCGGGGGACCCUGACACCAUCCAGGUCUUCCUGGCUAAAUUGCAGGAGAAGCCGCAGCAGGCGGUGCUGGAGAGGAGGCUGGCGCUGUGUGAGGUGCUGCAGGGUGCAGCCGAGCAGCCCGCCUUCUUCUUUGGCUUUGUGGCGUCCACCACUGUGAAGCCGUUUCAGCGCCACAUCAUUCUUGAAUCCGCACUGGACACGAGUCUUCCUGCUUCUCCUCGACCAUUCACACCAUACGGCCUGCGGCUAUCAACGGACACGUACAUGCCAGAGUGGGCCAGCCCCUUCCCGCGCUACGUGAGUGCGGACUACCGAGUUGCCGACAGCAAGCAGGACUCGUGGGUUGUCAGCGACUCCACUCCUGGGACUCCGUGCCCUUCCUCGGCUGGCCCGUCAAGGACCAGAGCGACUGCCGUGAAUGCUUGUUGGGCGUUUGCGGUGGUGGCGAGCGUGGAAGCGGCAUACGGCAUUGCAAUGCAUGGAGAGGCGCCGAAGCUGUCAGUGGAGUCACUCUUUGCAGCCAUGGGGCUCACCUCCGAAGCUGACAAGUGCAGCACGGGGGGCUCUCCCACCGAGGCGUUUGAAAGGCUUCUCACGCUGCCUCGCGGUGGAGUCACAGAGGCUGGCGCUCCUGUGAGUAGUGAGGUGGAGUGGAAGGCGGAUAUGGGAUAG